UUGUUGGACAGAUCUCUAACAUGAAGACCCCAAUUGGGCAUUUUGGCUAUUCUUGCGUUCAGCCCAAAAAUGAAGCCUAAUCGAUAAACCCCUCUAAACCCGCAUCUCUUCAUCUUCCUCCAAAAACCUAGGGCUUUCAGUUCCGAGGCCCCACCAGGCAAAGCUACUCUCCUUCUUCAAUGGCGCUCCAACUCAUACCCAAACGCCGAUUGCUCCCAAAUCCUACUUUUAUCCGCCUAUUCUCCACCGCCUCCGAUUCCGACGACCGAAACAACGAAUUCAAGCCCUCCUCCACCUCCGACUCUUCCUUGUCCUCAUAUUUCAGCGAUGUCAAAGCCAGUCUCCGCCGCCAACACCAAUCCCCUCCGCCACCGCGAUCGUCGACAAGGCCGUUGUCCCCUACUCACUCCUCCCCGCCUCCCAAGGUCACCUCCCUCGAAGAAAUCCGGAAGAACCUCGUCGAGUUCCGCCGCCGAUCCGUGGGCGCUUCCGGCCCCGCGCCGUCGUUCCAGGAGCUCUACAAGCGGAACGUCCAAAACAAUGCUCAGAACACGAAUCCGGAGGAUUCCGGUGGCGGGAAUCUCUCGUUCAACGCGAUUCGCGAGAGCUUGAGGCAGAUGCGGCCGUCCGAUACCGCUCGGAACGAUGGGGGAAGUAAGGACCCGUUGUCUCUCUCGGCGUUCAAGAACAGCCUUAGAUUGAGGCCGUCGAAUUCUCCACCGCCGCAGAGAAUGACGGCGAUAGGCGGGGCCGACGCGGUGGCG